GAAAUUAAGGGUAUUCUCUUCCUAGCUGGAAUAUUCAUGUUGCAUGCUUUUUGGGAUUUUAAUUAGAUUGUCCAUGGUAAGAAACUUAUUCUAUUAGUUUCCUUGGAUAGGAAUUGACAGAGAAAACACUAGAGAUUUGUGAGGAAUUCUCAGCAUGGGGAUUCUGAAUCUCUUCAUUGUGGCAUCAAAUCCAGUGCUGAAGGUCCUUUUAGUUACGGCUGUUGGGUCCUUUCUCGCAUUGGACCGUAUUGAUAUUUUGGGAGAGGAUGCAAGGAAGCAUAUUAAUAGAGUUGUGUUCGUCGUAUUUGGUCCAGCACUUGUAGCCUCCAACCUUGCCAAAACAAUAACAUAUGAAACCAUGAUCAAGUUGUGGUUUAUGCCUUUAAAUAUUUUUAUUACAUUUCUCAUUGGUUCAGCACUUGGAUGGAUGCUUAUUCAAAUCACUAGACCUCCUUCGCAUCUAAGGGGCCUUAUCUUGGGUUGCUGUGCUGCAGGAAAUAUGGGGUUUAUUCUUAUCAUCAUCAUCCCAGCAGUCUGUAGAGAGAAAGGCAGCCCAUUUGGAGCUCCUGAUGUCUGCAGUACAUAUGGACUGUCUUAUUCUUCACUUUCUAUGGCGAUUGGGGCUGUUUAUUUGUGGUCGUAUGUGUACAAUAUUGUACGGGUGUCUUCAAGUAAGUCCACCAAAGGGCUUGAUGACUCCACAAGUAGCUCUUUAGAAGAACCUUCGAAGGUACUCAACGGGAGUUGCGCAGAGCCACUACUUUCGAAGGAUUUACCAGGAUUGGAGAUCCGAGCAGACCAUUUUGCACUGCCAUGCACUUCAUCAGAGGCUACACCACAGGUUCCAAUUUUAGUUAAGUUUAGACAAUAUUUACAGAAGUUUUCUGAAAAGAUCAACUUGAAGUCAUUAUUUGCACCUUCAACCAUUGCAGUGAUGGUUGGGUUUUUUGUUGGAGUAGUCCCUCAAAUCCGAAGGCUAAUGAUUGGUGAAAGUGCUCCUCUUCGUGUCAUUGAAGAUUCAGCUUAUUUGCUGGGUGAGGGAGCCAUCCCAACUAUUACAUUGAUAAUGGGAGGAAACCUUCUUCGAGGUUUAAAAGGGUCAGAUAUUCAAGUGUCCCUUAUCGUUGGGAUUAUAGCAGUUCGUUAUAUUGCACUCCCUCUGUUGGGCAUCCUCAUCAUUAAAGGGGCAUUGCAUUUUGGCCUGGUGCACCCAGAUCCAUUGUAUAUGUUCAUUCUUCAUCUUCAAUUUGCAGUCCCGCCAGCAAUGAACAUAGGAACAAUAACUCAAUUAUUUGGUGCUGGUGAAAGAGAAUGUUCUGUUAUUCAGCUAUGGGCCUAUGGAUUAGCUUCGCUUUCACUUACCCGUUGGUCAACCUUCUUCAUGUGGUUUGUGGCUUGAUACUUCUUCUGGUGUCUCAAAGUGUUUCUGCUAACAAUGAACCCCACAACCAAGC